UCUUCUUCAUCCUCGGAGAAAAAAAACAUGUUUGUUUCCGAUAACAAUCCUUCACGGGACAUAAACAUGAUGAUCGAUGUCACUACCUCAAACGGAGAUCUACCCACACAGCAACAACACAACCACCACCACCAGAUAAUUCUCGGAGACAGCAGUGGAGGAGAAGAUCACGAGAUCAAAACACCAAAGAAACGAGCAGAGACAUGGGUACAAGACGAGACUCUCAGCUUAAUCUCGCUACGGGGAGAAAUGGACAACCUUUUCAACACAUCCAAAUCUAACAAACAUCUCUGGGAACAGAUUUCGAGCAAGAUGAGGGAGCAAGGGUUUGAUCGGUCGCCAACUAUGUGUACGGACAAGUGGAGGAACAUUUUGAAAGAGUUUAAGAAAGCUAAGCAUCAAGAUGAUAAAGCAACAACAAGUGGAGGAUCAGCGAAGAUGUGCUAUUACAAAGAGAUUGAGGAUAUUUUCAGAGAAAGAAACAAGAAAGUGGCAUUGUAUAAGAGUCCUGCUACUCCUCCACCAUCUUCUUCUGCUAAAGUUGAUUCCUUUAUGCAAUUUACAGAUAAAGGUUUUGAAGAUACUGGUAUUUCAUUUACAUCUGUUGAAGCUAAUGGCAGGCCAACGCUAAAUCUUGAAACGCAGCUUGAUCAUGAUGGUCUUCCUCUGGCCAUUGCUUCUGCUGAUCCCGUCACAUCAAAUGGAGUUCCUCCUUGGAAUUGGAGAGAUGCCUCUGGAAACGGUGGUGAUGGUCAUCCAUUUGUUGGGAGGAUCAUAACAGUGAAAUUUGGAGAGUAUACAAGAAGAGUUGGGAUUGAUGGUACUGCUGAAGCAAUCAAGGAAGCUAUCAGAUCUGCGUUUAGAUUAAGAACAAGACGAGCUUUCUGGCUAGAAGAUGAAGAACAGGUUGUUCGCUCUCUUGACCGAGACAUGCCUUUAGGGAACUAUACACUCCAUGUCGAUGAAGGGAUAGCUGUUAGAGUGUGCCACUAUGAUGAAUCUGAUCCGUUACCAGUCCAUCAAGAGGAGAAGAUAUUCUACACCGAAGAAGAUUACAGAGAUUUCUUGGCUCGACGAGGAUGGACUUGCCUGAGAGAGUUUGACGCGUUUCGGAACAUAGACAUGGUCCGAAACAUUGACAAUAUGGAUGAUCUUCAACCCGGUGUCUUAUAUCGAGGAAUGAGAUGAGUGCUAAAAAAAGAAUCUUAUUUCAGUCAUUGUAAAAUAUUCUCUUUGUACAUUCCAAUCUUUGUGAAUCGGAGAAAUUUUGAUUGGCCUUGGAGAUCUUUCUUUGAAACAAAAACUUUGUUCUCGUUGUGAAUAAUAGAUUUGAUUGGCUUUUCA